AUGUCCCGGUAUCCUGGCCAAGCAGACCCGCCGACUGCGAGCAGUGACGAGGAUUUGCUCCGGCAGUCUGAUGAUGAGGCUCAUUCGGCGAGUCUCUCCCUGGCAAGUUCCAGCCCGCCACCAGCGUCGGCGUCGGACCAGGAUCUGUUCCAGGAAGAUGACUGUCUGCAACAUGAAAGCCAGGGUCUGUUAUCUGACGACGGGGCGAAUCAACAAGAAGAUCCUGGUGGCCGUUCGGAGUGGAACCAGGGUCGAAACACAGGACACUGGAUUUCUCGGCAGGCCCCGUUGCUUGAGCAGGGCCAGGUGCUACUGGUGAACGCAGUUCGGAACUGUGGUCGGUUGUCCGUUGAGCUGCUCAGGCGUGUUUCGUCGGCAUUGGAUGUGCCAAGAAGACAGGCAUCGCAUGCCCAAGCUCUGGCUGCACACCUUCUCGGUGUUUCAGUGUCGCUGUUGAAGCGAACGGUGCAGCUGGUGGACGUAAACGGUGGGCAGCCAACAGGGAAGGAGCCUGACAACCACCCUGAUGUCAGCGUUGUUCACCAGCAGCGUCCAACCUGGCGGCAAGAAUGUGAAGUCACUGUACGCCUGGCACUGGGAUGUGCUUAUGAGCGCCAGGGUCAAAACUCCUUCGAAAGGGCAGUCGCUCGACACCUUCAGGCCCAGCAGGCGUCUGGCAUCCCUGGUCAGUGUCAGCUUCAGGGUCUGGCGCUGACGGGCUUCUACGACGAGGCGAUCUACUGGUCGGCCAGGGUCCUUCAGGAGAUGGAUGCGCUUCAGUGGUCGGAGCCUCUGAACGGCUUGGGUAUCCCUAGCGACUUCGCUCUCCUGAUUGACCCUGUCAACAUGGAUGCAGGUGCCUUCAGCCGUCAGUACAGUCUGGCGGUCGUCGCCUUGUGUAUAUGCUCCCCGUCGACUGGCGGCCUUGUGGGCCCAAUGGUCGGGGCGGAAAUACUGCCAUUUGGUGGGCACAACUUUGAGCCUCUGCAGGCGCUCAUCCAGAAGAUCCUGGACUCGCACCCCGCUGGUUUGGGUCUGCAUUCGCUUCGGGGUCGUUGUGCCUGCGUCGGAGGAGACGGACAAAUCGUUCGAGGUGGCUCGGCAGCUGCCCAUGGAUCCUCCGGCGUCGCAGAGCGCUUAUGGCAAACCAUUCACGAGGACGGCCUCAGCGGUCUGUUUCUGGAGUGGGAGGCAACUGCAUGGGACAGGUUUCAUGUUGCGGAUAUUUGCCUGUCCAGGGCGGUUCGUUCCAGCCCGUCAGCGUCGGAAGUUUUACAAAUUGUGGCGGAGCUGGACACCUUGUUCGGCGUCGGGGAAGGCAAGGUCCUGUUCGAGAGCGUCGCCAACAGGGUCGGCAUUCCCUUCGUCAAGCUUCCGAGACUGAGUGGGACCAGAAAAAUGGUGUACCUGCGUCUGAGUCUGGUGAAGAACUUCAAGCUCAUAGUGCUUUGCUUGCACGCCAGGAUCCAUUGGAAGCACGAAGGCAAGGGCUCAGCCACUUUGGAGCGCCUGCUGUCUGUGAGCCGCCGAGUCACAGACAUCAGCUUUGAGGCAGUGUCGCCCUACGUCCUCAUUUCCCAGAAGCUGAUAGUGAGACUGCAGGUGCCCCUCUGGACGAAUGCAAGAUUGGAUUCCAACUGGCCUUACCACAUGCCCCGAUACCAGCUGGUUACACGCGAGGAGGCCAGCCAGCAACAAGGUGUUACGAACAUCUUCAGGGUCCAUGUUCGUGAUCGCAGGGCUAGCUCUUGCCCGCAUACUGACGCAGAUGGUUUGGUGGCGUGGCGCCGCAGGGGUGCGUGCCCUUGCUCAUGGACAUCCAGAUGCAAGGUUCCACUGGGUGUCUAUGAGUCGCAUCGUCACAUCCUGGAAGGCCUAGCGGCAAUGCGUCAAUUUGUCAUCGACAGCAUCGGUCAGCUGUCUGAAGGCCUGACAAACAAAGCCUACAAUGCCGAGAUGCUGCAAGUCCUGGACGCCUGUGAUGAUUGCUUCGAUUGGGGGUUCCUCUGCUUCCAGCGUCCUCUCAAGCGUCACGCGGACGCCUUCCGCAAUGUGUUGGGCAUGUUGAAGCCCUUCUUGCAGCAUUCGCUCUGGCCACCAGCGUCAGCGUCUGACUAUGCCCUGGUCAAGAGGACAUGGGACCUGCCAGAGAAUGUUCUGCUGCUGCAAUAUGGUUGGCUUUGUGAGAGAGUCCGAUGCACGGCUUCCCUAGCAUUCCGGCGUCAGGGCUGGAGCGGAAGCUUUGACGGCAGCAAGCAAAAGACGGCGCCGGAGGAGGUUGUGCAGACUGCGGUGGCAGAAUGGUUCGUCCUGCAGUCCGUCAGCGUGAGAUCGCUCUAUGUGCUGGGCAGCGUCGAGGCGUUGGUCGGGAAGAAGAUCAGGAGCCCAUCCGUCAGCGUCGUCUCACUGAAGAAGAUUGCUUCGGCCAUCUCUCUUUUCUGUGGGUCAGUUGCCGGUUCGACUUUGCCGGCUUCAGCUUACGAGGUCUUCCAGCUGUCGCCCUCCUGCCAUGUGCUCGGUGGUGAUUAG